GAGGCGGGACAUAGGAGAGGCUGGGCUGACCUGGAGUGAAGCUGAGAUGUCCGCUGGGUGUCGCUGUGACUCAAAGAAACGGGAAGUAAACAGAGCAGCAGUAAUGGCCUCUGACUCAGGACUGCUGGCAGUUUCUUCUCAAAAUCUGGGAAUAACAAUAGCUAUAAUAUCAAGUUUCAUUAAUGGGUCGACAUUUGUGCUGCAGAAAAAAGGGAUACUACGUUCCCGCCACAGAGGAAGGUCGUACCUCACAGAUGUGGUGUGGUGGAGUGGGACACUGUGUAUGAUUACGGGUCAGGUUGGUAAUUUCCUGGCUUACAAUGUGGCCCCUGCGGUGGUAGUUACUCCUCUGGGAGCCCUGGGAGUGCUGUUUGGGGCUGUGUUGGCCUCCUGGAUCUUGAAAGAGCAUUUAAACAUCCUGGGGAAGCUUGGCUGUGUUUUAUGCUGCUGCGGCUCUGUGGUGCUCAUCAUUCACGCCCCGACAGCAGAGGCAACUUCAAGGCUGGAGUUGGAGGAGAGGCUCCUCGACCCAGUGUUUGUCACAUACGCCCUUGUGGUGGUCCUGCUGCUGAUCAUUCUCAUCGUGUGGGUCGCUCCGGCUCGUGGCACGUCAAACAUCAUGGUGUACGUUGCCAUAUGUUCCCUGCUGGGAAGCUUCACAGUGCCGAGCAGCAAAGGCCUCGGCCUGGCGGUCACGGACGCAUUCGGCGAAGGCCCGUCAAGCGGCAGGGCUCGGGCGCUCUUCCUGGGCUUGCUGGGCACGCUGGCUGUCAGUAUCCUCACACAGUUCUUCUUCAUCAACAAGGCGCUGGAGUGUUUCAGCUCCAACAUAUUUGAAGCGAUUUACUAUGUGACGUUCACGUCCACCGUGAUUUUAGCUUCUGGUCUUCUCUUUAAGGAGUGGACCGCGCUGACUGUAACAGACAGCCUCGCCAUACUGUGUGCUUUAACCACGGUGUGUGUCGGGGUUGUUUUACUGCACAUUUCCCAGGAGGCGCUGAUUACAUGGAAGAAAAAAGAGGACAAGUCAGACUGAUUCAGAUGCCUUUUAAUCCUUUACAUCGCGUCUGUGCCAAACUUGAGUUCCUGAGACUUUUUUCUACCUCCAGUUUGAAUGACCAAAACAACAUAAGAUAUAUAAUUAGUUUAUUUUAUCUUAAAUAUGUUUGAAGUAACACUAGAUAUGAUGUUAACGCUUUCAUCUCGUUAACCCUCAAUCAGCCGAAUUAUCUUAUGACACCUUUUAUCUUAAAGAAGAAUAUAUUUUUAAUGUUUCUCUCUGUUUCUCUAAUGCCUUUAUCUACGACUGAGUGAACUUUAACAAACUCUAAAUCAACAUCUGGUUUGGGGAUAUGGAAUUCAAAGAUUUUGUGCAGAAACAUUAAAAAUCAGGGUCCCUCUUUCUGCUCUCCAUGUGUUGUCCACGAUUCACUGUAAAAUAUCACAGUUUAAUGAAAAGAAACAGAAAAUUUCAAUCAUAUCAAAGCUUGCAAUGUUAAAAACCACCUUCCAAUCUCCUCAUCACACCAGUGCUCCAAAUCCUGUUUUUGUUUGUUUUGUUUUUUAAAAUGAAAACAAAAGAAAAGUUGGAGGAUGUGUAGACUGACUGAACGUUUUCAUGCUUGAAAAUAUCUCAAGAGCACUGGAGUCAUAAAUGAGGCAUUUCAUUACAAGCUUAAAUGUGGUCUGAGGACCGACAGUUAAUUUGUCACUGUUGUGUAAAUAUCUGUGCUUCCUUUCCUCCAGAGUCUUGCCCAUCAGGCUUUUACAGGCUGUCUCAGUUCUUAGAAUCACCUACAUGAGUUCAGGGCAUCUGUAAAUUAUUGAAGGUAACUCCAGAAGCUGCCUCUUCAGCUGCGUGGAGGACGACUGAGUAUUCUGUGCAAAGGAGAAUUUUGUAACAUUCCUUCUCUUCUGUGGCCACUCGCUGUUUACAUGAGUACAUUAAAACUUGAAUAAAUUAAUUAAUGUUCUAC